AAGUUAUCUCAGAUCAUCCUCUUCAAUAAGUGUGACAUGCUGGAGGAUGACGAUGCCAACCUCAACGCACAGGAGCGGAAUCAGCUGGUGAGUGCGGAGACUCUCAAGGUCUACCAAAGGCUCGGCUAUCCAGUCAUCAUGACGUCGACUAGGACCGGACAAGGGCUCGAGGAGCUCAAGUCACUGUUGCACAACAAGACGAGCAUCCUGGUCGGUCAGUCGGGAGUCGGCAAGUCUUCGCUCCUCAACGCUCUGCUUCCUCAAGCCAAUGCAAGAGUCGGUGCUCUCUCGGAGUGGUCGGGGCUGGGAGCUCACACGACGUCUCAUGCUGAGCUUCACUUUCUUCCUUCUGGUGGAAAUCUCAUCGACUGUGCUGGGUUCCGAGACUUUGCUACUUGGCACCUGACGCUGGAGGAGGUGCAGCAAGGCUUCAGGGAGAUCUCUCAAGCUGCUCUCGACUGCAAGUUCAGAGAUUGCUCGCACAUUUCGGAGCCAGCAGAAGUCUGCGGGGUCAAGCGAGCACUGGAGGAAGGAAAGAUUGAGACCAGCCGUAUGAUGAACUUUCGCUACAUUAUGAACGAGGUCACAGCGUGAUCGGCGCUUCGCAAUAUGACGAAGCGUGAAAGCCGGGCGGCUAAACUGCCAAGGCUAAACCGUACUUUGAAGAUCUUUACUCAAAGUUAAGUUAAAAAUCAGUACGCAGCG